AUGGAUCGUGCCUCGGGCUCAAUUGCACAUCCACCAUAUUUUGAUGGCAACAACUAUGGCGCUUGGAAGGCCAAAAUGAAGUCGUUUCUUUGGUCCUUAGAUGAACGUGUAUGGAGUACAGUGGUUCAUGGAUUUCCUAAACCCACAAAGAAAAUCGGAAAAGGAGAUGAAGAAACCACAAUCCUCAAAGCUAGAGAGGAGUGGACCACUGCAGAAGUCACACACAGCACUAAUAAUCAAAAGGGGUUAAAUGCUUUAUGUACUGCUGUCUCUUCAGAUCAAUUUGAAUAUAUAUCUGGUUGUGAUACUUCUAAGGAAGCUUGGGAUAUUUUGCAGGUUACUCAUGAAGGAACAGAUACUGUCAAGGGAGCCAAGCUUCAAAUGCAUACUUUACAGUUUGAGACACUCAUGAUGGAUGAGAAUGAAACUUUUUCUGAAUUUUAUGCUAAACUAUGUGUAAUUGUGAAUGCUUGUUCAAGUUUAGGUGAAAAAAUUCCAGAAGACAGGGUUGUGAAAAAGAUUUUGAGAUCCUUGCCUCAACGAUUUCAACCAAAGAUCACGGCUAUUGAAGAGAUCCGUGACUUGAACACCUUGAAAGUUCAAGAACUCAUAGGGUCCAUACAAACCUAUGAGAUGAAACAUCUAGCUCCUAAAAAGAGCAAAAACGUUGCUUUCAAGGUUGUGAAUGAAGAAGAUGAUGGGCAUUCAAAGGAAGAUUGCAGUGAUGACGAAUUAACAAUUCUCACAAGACGAUUCAUGAACUUUCUCAAGAAUCAGGAUCCAAGGAGUCGAGAUUCAAAAGGUAUAAAUUCUAAAAAUAGGUUUGUUAACUAUACUGAUGGUGGGUCUAAAUUUCGCAGGUCAAAUGAACGAAAGAAUCCAAGAGAAAAGGUCCAAUGUUUCGAAUGUGAAGGCUAUGGACACAUAUCUUCGGAAUGUGCCAACACCUUAAAGAAACAAAAGGAUGGCAAGAAUAAGGCAAUGCAUACUACUUGGAGUGAUAGUGAAUCGGAAUGCGAGAAUGAUGAAAAGACGGUUGCACUCAUAACCACAGUUAGCUUGGAUGAAUCACAUGAGGAUGAUGAUUGUAAAGAAGUUGCUAUGCUGAAGCUGAAAAAUUGCAGGAUUGCAAACGAGCUUCAAUCCCCUGAUGCAGAUUCCGAAAAGGUAAGUGCAGGUAUGAACGAAAAAUUGAUGUUUUUGCAGAAAAAAUUGACUGAUCAGAAUAAAUUAAUUGCUUCUCUAACUUCUGACAACAAAGCCCUUGAACUUGAACUUAAAAAUUCAAAGGAAAGGAUUGUUUCUUUAACCAUUGGUGCAGAAAAAAUUGACAAGAUGAUUAGCAUGGGACGAAGAGAUGGUGACAAACGAGGCUUGGGAUUUCAACCAAGUAAUAAGUCUUCCGCUGUGUCUAAAACAAAGUUUGUCAAAUCCACUUCACCUAUUGAACCUUCUGCCGCUCAUGAAGUCAAAAAAUUUAUUCCAAUUUGUCACUUUUGCGGAACUCGUGGGCACAUAAGACCAAGAUGCAAUAAGCUUCGAAACGAAUUUGUUCAUUCAAAUUCUCAUGGCAUGGGUGGAAAAGGAUUGAUAAGCUAUAUCAAUCCUACUGACCUCUGGAAGUUUUUGCUGAUCUUAGACUGGAUUUUUGGCGUUGGAUCACAUUGGCAGAUUAAGAUUGGGUUUAUGUGA